UCCUCGUGGGUGGCGGCGUGUUCGAAGUGCGAGAGUUCUUACGUCGCGCACCAACGAAAAUAAAUUCCCAUCUGUUCAAAUAUUGUGCAAGUUUUUUGUUAUAUCCUCCAGAAAUUGUUCUGAAACCGUGUGCCACCGUGCCGCCCGCUAACUUGGUGUUUUUGUUAAUUUUGUGUUGUGUUUUGAGUUGAGGUGUUUUUUUGUUUUCAUAUCCGUGUCUUGUGAAUGGAUCUGUUAUAACGCGAUUAUGAAGGCGUGCGCUUCGCAAUAGAUCACAUUAAAUAUGGUGGAAUGAUGCGGGAGCGAUGCUGCUGCAGCAGGCAUCAUCCUUGCCUGGACCCAGCGGCACGGCCAGUCCCAAACCGAACCGGCCCGGCGCAAGCCCCAACUUCUCGAGAAUAAACAGCCCCUUGACACACGAUGCUAAACUCAAUAGCCCCAAAUUGGGUAAUAGUCCCAUCCUGGGCAAUAAUAGCCUAGGAAAUAGUCCUAUCGCGAAUAGCCCAAAUUUAAGCGCUAGUCCAAAGUUCGGGAGCCCGAAAUUGGGAGGUAGCCCGAAAUGUGACAGGUCUGAAGAUGAUGAAGCGUUGGAUAGGAUCCAGGGAGAGUUGAAGGAAGGCUGGACGGUGCAUACGGGGAGAGAUGGAAGACUCUAUUAUUGCAAUCACAUCACGCGAACAGCAAGCUGGCUACCACCUGUGGAGAGCUGGUGCUGCAGAGAACCCAGUAGCCAUGAUGAGGAGCUUCCGUAUGGGUGGGAACAGGCCCUGGACAGCAGGGGCAAACCGUAUUAUAUCAACCACGUCAACAAAACAACCACCUACGUGGCUCCAGAGAGCACAUCCCACGAGACACCACCAGCGCCCCGUGAUGUGGUGCUCGAGCGGGAUCCAGAGCUGGGCUUCGGGUUUGUGGCUGGGUCGGAGCGGCCUGUGCUCGUCAGAUUUGUUACUGACCACUCGCCUAGUGUUGGGAAGCUCGAACCUGGAGACCAGAUCCUCUGCGUCAAUGGAGAAGACGUGAGCUUGGCAGCUAGGGAGCACGUCAUCUCCGCAGUACGAGCGUGUUCCGACAAGGUCACAUUACGCGUCUGCCAGCCAGCGAGGAGCGGCAACCCGGCUAGGCGGUCCGCGUUCCUCUCUGCUGCUAAACGCGCGAGGCUACGAGCCAGACCUCCAAGGGUUCGGUUCGCGGACUCUGUGCAACUGAAUGGCGCUCCUAUGUAUCCGCCAUCAGCAUUUUCUCUCGGUGAUCUCUGCCUACCACCAAUGGCGAAUGUCCUCAAAGUGUUCCUGGAAAACGGUCAAACCAAAUCCUUUAAGUACGACGCAACAACCACCGUAGCUGAUGUGGUCACCAGCUUGAAGGAUAAGCUCUGUAUUACCGCGGAGGAGCAUUUCAGCCUUGUUGUGGAACAUGUGAAGAGCUUGAGACGGAAUAAGUUGACGUUACUGGAUCCUAAGGAGUCUUUAGCUAGAAUUGCCUCCCGCCCCGGCUCGCACAAGAUGCGCUGUCUCUACCGCAUUGUCUUCAUGCCGAGCUCUGCAGCCGACCUCGCGCAGACGGACCUCGCAGCGCUCGACUACCUGUACAUGCAGUGCUGUAACGAUGUAGCCCAGGACCGCUUCGCGCCAGAACUGCAGCCAGAAGUCGCGCUGCGGUUGGCAGCACUGCAUAUACAUCAACACGCGCUUGCGCAUAAUAUGUCACCAGCGAAAUUGACUGUUAAGGCUGUUGAGCGAGAAUUCGGUCUAGAGCGGUUCGUUCCGAGCAGUCUUCUAGAAAGUAUGAAGAGAAAGGAGCUGCGACGUCUUGUGGCGCACUUUCUGAAACUCAAUGCGCAGAUGACGGGCAGUCAGCGGCAACUUACGCAGUUACAGGCAAAACUCCACUAUUUGGACAUAGUGGGUGGUCUCCCGAGCUACGGAGCCAAAUGCUUCAGCAGCAGCAGACCAGAGCGAGUGUUGCUCGUGUCACCGCGCUUUGGUCUUAGCCAAAUUGUUGGCAGAGGGAACUCUGUGCCGCAAUCCAUAGCAUCUCUCGAAGAAGUGGAGAGCAUCCGAGUGAAGAGCGAGUGCAGCAGCAGCUCGGAGGUCGCCAUCUUUCUACAAAGAGACCGCGUGCUCGCGCUGCUCAUGGAUGAAAGGGACGCUGGCGAAAUGCCGCUUGUUAUAGCUGGGUAUUACAAACUUGCAACUGGUAAGGACUUACCCGUUGAACAGGAAAGGGAACCAAUGACGGAAGAUAUAGCGCCGCCAUAUUUAUCACAACACAACGUGGUUCCAGCAAAAUGGAGUUAUUUGUACUACGACGAUCCCGUGUCGAACUCUAAAAAGCACUUCGCAAUAUUCACAAUGCCUCCACCGUACCACUCCACGCCCGACCAAUCAAAAUCUCUCGACACCAACAUGAACUCGAAUAUUGCUAACAGAAAUAACAGCAAUAACUCUAGUCCUAUAAUAGGAUAUGAUAAAUCAAACUUCGGUCCCGAAUUACACUUCGAGAAAUGCAAACGAAACGAUAGCUUUAGGCUCUUCGAUCCCAAUGACACAUGUUUCCUAGAUGAUGGCAUGGGCUUUGAUCUACAAAGCGUUUUGUCCAUGGAACUAUUAGAAAAUGCUAAUAAUCCGCGGCUGGUUGAAGCGAAAAAUGAAGCAGUAUUAAGAAGAGUGGCGGAAAUGCAAAAGCUGGUUGAGAAUUCAGAACAGUAUUUGACUCAAAACUGUGAUGUUUACAAUGAAAAUGGUACAAUAAGAGACGAACUGGUAGGCAAAGAAACGAGUGUAGAUCAAAUUGAAAGCGAUACUGAAUCUAUCAAUAGUAAAAUGUCUGCUGCGGAUGACGCACCCGGCAUACUUAAGCAUAGUGAUUCGUUAUUGUUACUAACGGAAACUAUUAAUCAGGGUUUAAGCGUAUUAAGUGUACCUGAAAGUAACAAAGACAAUGUUAACGAUUUAACAAAAAGACAAUCGCAAGGUCUUAGUGCCAUUUUGAAUAACUGUGGUUUGACUGAUGCUCUAUUGGCUCUCAAUAAUGAUAUGGUUUACUCUGAAAGUGACAAUGAUUCUUCAUACACUCCCACUAGCAGUCCUGUACGAAAACAUCUUAACAAACCAGUUAAUAAGAGUGUCAGAACUAGUUUUGGAUUAAUGAGUCCAGAUGCUACAAGCACAAAUGACAAUAAAGAACCUAAUUUAAAAGAAUACCUAAAGCAACUUAGAGAAAAAAGCAACAGAGAAGAUAACGCUGCUGAGUUACCAUUCUUCUUCCAAGAAUCAAUAGACAACGACGCUGAGCUUAUAGAUUUAACAUUAAUACCUCCUCCUCAAACGCCCGACGAAUUAGACUGCGCCACACAAGUGCCUCAAAUAUUACCAGUUGUUCCGCCUUCAUUUGCAGAUGACAACAACGUUGACGAAACAGACAGUAGUCCGAAAGCAAAUGAAUUAGAAGAAUUUAUAGCAAAUGUUACGAUUCAACCACCUACAGUUAAAGUGACGCCAGCAAUUGAGCUCACUCCUGAAGAAAUUAUGUCGUAUAUUAUUCCACCACCACCAACUUCAAGCUCCUCUAAUUUAGAAAAAGAUCAUGGAUAUGUGAAUCAACUUGAAUUAAUUGACCAAAAAAAUGAGCAAAAUGGAACAAGUGAUGCAAAACCAGCUAAUGGUGAAGUAGUAAGAGGAGCGCUAACCGUUAGUGAGAUUAGGAACAUGUUUACUGCUAAAACUUUAAGCGACGCUAGAAAUAGUCUGCUAUUAAAAGAUAAAAGUAGUAGUCUAGGCAAAACAAAAUCUGAUUCUCCUAAAGGAAAAAGAAAAAGUAUAUCUGGCGAAAAGCAAGUCAACGGAAACGCACACGUUAUAGAAUAUCCUACCGUGGAGAGAAAAGGUAUGUUUUCAUGCUGUAGUAAAGAUAAAAGUAAGAAUGAAGAUAGCGAUGAAACUGAACAAAUUGAUGGUAACCUUCACAAUUCCGAUUCAAUGCCUGAUGUUUGUGAAGUGCGACCUCCUCCAAGACGAAAAAGUGUCGAAAUUAAAAAGCCUCCCGAACGACCGCCUAAAACACCCCCCACUCCCGCACCUCGUCCCAGAUCCAACUCCUUUACCUGUACAAACAACGAAUUAACAGCUGUCGAAAUACCAAAUAACCAUUUUAGCACUUUAAAUAAUAGAAAGUUAAACUAUAAAGUGGUUUGCGACAUAAAUGAAACUCAGCAACAGACCCCGCCGCAAGUACCACCCCGAUUAGAAAACAGAGUUCUCUCACCACCUCCUCCAAUCAUGUUACCACCUAAAAAGCCCCCUUUACCUCCUGUACCAAGUAUAGAGGUUUUAAGAAUGAAAACUUCACAGAAACUGUCACCAGUGCGGAUGGAACGCCACGCGAGCAUCGGCUCCCCACAUUUCCAAAGAAACCUUAACACCUACCGAAAUCUCGAAUUAGAAAGUAGACUGACUGACGAAGAAACAAGUAUACGUUCGACACAAACCUACAGUUCUAUGACGCUGCAAAAUCGUCACGUGCGCUCGAAUUCGGAAACCAAAAACACUAUUUUAAAGAACAAAGACAUGACGGCUUUAUCGUUAUGUUCACCGCAAAUGAAUCGCCGUUUCAGCAACCGGCCUGACCUCUUGAACGGUGCGCCGUGCAGCGAUCAGAGAGUGUUCAGUCCUCCUCUUUCCGAACGAAAGUCUUUUAGGAAGGACAGCGCUAGUCCAACUACGAAGAGUCAGAACCACGUGCGGUUUAAGGAUGAAGUCGUGGAUGAUAUUCCGACGCCUCCAUCACCUCCGACGGUGAAGUUUCCGGAAUUCCAAGCUGGGAACAACGGACACGUGUCUAUAGAGAAUCUCUUGUGUAAGACUGAAGUAGCGGUGGACGGGCUGUUGCAGAGGCUGCACCAGGUGGCCCAGAAGUGUUCGCAUCAGCAUGCUCACGGUGGUGGUGAAGAUAUAGAUGAAGUUAAGUUUCAGCGCGCUCGUAGUGAGCUAACAUCGUGUGCAGUAUCCCUAGUGGGAACAUCUCGUACGCUGGUGGGAGCUCUGGGCGGGAACAGCGGCACUACUGCAGCAUCAGCGCUUGCUGACUGCUUGGCGCCGUUGAGGAGGCUUGCUGAUCUUGCUCAGGCACUUGGCACACAUACCUCCGCGCCUCUACAAACGCGUAAUCUUGUCCUGCGCGUCCACGAUGUGACUGCGGCCUUCAAGGAGCUGGCUGGUGCUGAAAUGGCACAAAUCAUUCAUGAGCACAAUACAAAAGCCUCCCAAGGUCACGGCCAAGACAAAAAUUCCACCUUAGAAGGACAAUUGGCUCUACGCGCUGAAUGCCUCGCUAAUGUUCUGGCAACACUACUCAGAAGUUUGCGCGUGUUUUCGCCGUAACCUCGGGUGACAGCUGUCAAACUCGCGCCAAAACAUUGCGCCACAGAUAAUAAUUAACCGCUUCUCACGACAGAAUAAAAAUUAUUAUUCGUGUAACAUUGAUUUAAUGUACAUUCUUUUAUUACCGUUACUAAAAUGAGACCAAAUAUAUUUAGGUAUGUUUGUAUAAUUAAUGUAGCGACAUUUUGUUAGUUAAGUUGUAGUUUUGUAAAUUUUAACAUUCGUUAAUAUUAAUUGUUAACUUUUAAUGUGUUUGUUUAAAUUUUAUUUAUAUGGCCUAAGGUGAACGGAUCAGCAAUAAAUUCUGGACGGACGUUUUUAUGUAUUUUCAUAAUGUUUAAGGAAAUGUAAGAAUGUAGAAUAAAGAUCAGGUCUUCCUAUAUCAUGACAUCAUUUAAAACGUCGGAACAGUAUAUGAAUCCGUAGGAGUGUUACCAUAGUAAAUAAUUAUCUGUAUUACAUAUCUCAAUAUUAAAAUAAUCUAUGAUGUAUAUUUUCUAAACUUUUAGCGCUGUAACUCGGCGCGUUAACUUACUAAAACUAACCAUAUCGUUUUAAAAUGCUUGCAUAAAUAAUGCAUAUUAUAAUAUUAACUGCAAUUGAUUUAAAAAAUACAAUAAUGCAAUACUUUCAAUUUUGGCUGGUUUAUAAUGUUUAAUUACUCUUGCAUAAUAAUUGCCUGCAUAAAAAAGCGAUGUGCUGAUAUUUCAAUAUUGGUGCUAUUGUAAAAUUAAUUUGAAAUCUUUGUACACAAGUUUAUAAUCUGAGGGAACCAUGCUUUUGUUUUUUUGGUUUAUUUUAAUGUUGUAAUGUCACCUAUAAAGUACAAUUUAUUUUGCAAUUUUCCUUUAGCCAAAGAUAUUUUUCCAAGAACACGGUAUUGUGUGAAAUAAAGCAUUUCUUAUUCAUUCCUUCUCUACUUUAAUUAAGUAUAAACUGACAUAAUAUAUUGAAAUGUGUUAUUAUUAGAGCGAAUAGAACAUAAUAUGUACCUACUUCAUAAAGAUUUAUUCAAAAUAAUAUGUUUUAUUCAUUAGUCCAGGGUUACGCGUUAAAUAUAGUAAAUAUUAUCUUCUGUAUUAUCUAAAAAAAAAAACAGAUAAUUUAUACCUACACUUCAUCAUUACUUUAGAUAACUAUUUUAAAAUGGAGUUUUUUUUUUUAACCGAUUGUCUGCAUUUUGGCUUCGUCAUACCCAAGUUAGAAAAUAUUAUUUUAGAUGAGUCAAAAGUAGGUACAAGAGUCAGUUAUCAGAUAAUCAAAACAUUAUUAAUAAAUUGUUAGCUUUGCUUUUAAUUUAACACAAAUUAAAAAAUAAAACCAGCAAUGUGGAGUGUUUCAAACAACCUUGGGACAUUUUAUGCAUUUUUUUUUCUAAUAUCUCUGAAAAAUAAAUUAGGUUCUUAUUUCCUAUAUUUAAUGCGUAAAUCUGAGGAUUAAUGUUAUAGUUAAAUCGUUAUAUACAAGGUAACAUAUAUCACACCAAUUUAUUUAUUGUUUAAAAUAUCAUAAUGCUAUGCAUUUGAUGUAAUAUAGUAAUUACAGUA